GGUUUGCCCAGGAUCAAAGCGGACUUGAAUUGUCCACAAAGAAGGAAGAGAAGCAGCAGCCUCAGCAGCAGGAAAUCUCCAGGGUAGGAGCUGUGGAGAGGCUCUGGGAUCCCCAGGUUCCCGGGGCAGACACUGCUCCGAAGAGCGGGGAGGGAGAAGCCAGGCGGGAGAAGGCCGGAUCCCACCAAAGUAGAAGUAACAGCACGGAGCUGGCAGAAGACGCCAGAGCCAGCAGAUCCUCUCAGAUGGAUGACCUCUGUGAAGCCAAUGGCUCUUUUGCCAUCAGUCUAUUGAAAGUAUUGGGUGAAGAAGACAAGACACGCAACCUGUUUUUCUGUCCUCUGAGUGUCUCCUCUGCACUGGCUAUGGUCUACCUGGGAGCCAAGGGAAACACUGCAGCCCAGAUGUCCCAGGUACUUGGUUUGAACAGAGGUGGAGAUGUUCAUCAAGGUUUCCAGACCCUUCUCACUGAAGUUAACAAAACUGGCACUCAGUACUUGCUAAAAAGUGCCUGCCGACUCUUCGGAGAAGAAUCAUGUGAAUUCCUUUCGACCUUCAAGGAAUCCUGCCAGAAGUUCUAUCAGGCAGGGCUAGAAGAGCUGUCCUUUGCUAAGGACACUGAAGAAUCCAGGAAACACAUCAAUGACUGGGUGAUGGAAAAGACUGAAGGUAAAAUUUCAGAAGUUCUAAGUCCUGGAACAGUCUGCCCACUGACUAAGCUGGUUCUCGUGAAUGCCAUGUAUUUCAAAGGGAAGUGGAAGGCUCAGUUUGACAGAAAGUACACAAGAGGCAUGCCUUUUAAAACUAACCAGGAGAAAAAAACAGUGCAGAUGAUGUUCAAGCAUGCUAAAUUUAAGAUGGGGAACGUGGAUGAGAUGAACAUGCAGGUCCUGGUUUUGCCCUACGCAGAGGAGGAGCUGUGCAUGGUCGUUCUGCUUCCUGAUGAAAACACUGACCUGGCUGUGGUAGAAAAGGCACUGACGUAUGAGAAGUUCAGGGCCUGGGCAAACCCGGAAACCAUGACAGAAAGUAAAGUUCAAGUCUUCUUCCCCAGAUUAAAGCUGGAGGAGAGUUAUGACCUGGAACCUUUCCUUCAGAGUUUGGGAAUGACAGAUGCCUUUGAGGAAACCAAGGCUGACUUUUCUGGAAUGACAACUAAGAAGAACGUGCCCGUGUCCAAGGUUGCCCACAAGUGCUUUGUGGAGGUCAAUGAGGAGGGCACAGAAGCGGCAGCGACCACUGCCGUGAUCAGGAAUGCCCGGUGCUGCAGAGUAGAGCCGAGGUUUUGUGCGGACCACCCCUUCCUUUUCUUCAUCUGGCACCACAGAACCAGCAGCAUCUUGUUUUGCGGCAGGUUCUCUUCUCCAUGAAGGCGUCAUCGUGGGGCUGAGGAUGCAGCUCAGUUGGUAGAGGGUUUGUUUGAGUUCAACCCUAAGCACCCUAUAAAACCAAGCAUGAUCGUGCCUACCUGCCAUCCUAGCAUAUGGGAGGUGCAGGGCAGGGGCCUCAGAAGUUCAAGGUCACCUUCAGCUACAUAGAAAACUUGAGGCCAGCCUUCCAUACCUGUCUCCAAAAGACAUCAUUUUUGCCACAUGAAAGAAUUAAAAUCCUAUGCUGCCAGAUUGGCAAGGCGGUUUCACUGUACAACAUAAAGUGUAUACUCAGUAUUUGGUGAACAUCUUUGCUGACAGCUCCAGUGCCAGGUGUGGGAGUUUGGAUCUGAGCAGGCCAUACUUGGUUUGGAGUGUCUGAGGUGAUUCUCAUUGUCUCCAGCCUUAUUCACCCCCAGCUCCCAAAGUGCUAUCCCACAAUGCUAACAUCUCCAAGCUGUGUCCUCCACCACUGCCAGUCUUACCAGGCAAAGACAGUUGAAGGUCCCCAUUCACAAAACCAAGGGUGAAAGCUACAGACUAACGGCUGUAACUACCCCGUGUCUCACCAGAAGCUGCGUCAGUAUCUCAUCCCAUCAGUGUUAUCCAACAGUCCUGUCUGUCUCGUGGUUCAAACAAUUCCUCCCACAAGUUUCAAGUACAAAUUGAAGGACUCAGCAUCAACCUUCAGGACAGAGUUGAGAGACAAAGGUCUAAAGUGUGGCCCUUAUCCCCCCACUUCUUUCUAAAGCUCCACAGCGUGGGCCUUAUCCCCCUAUUUCUUUCUAAUGUACACAGUGUGGCAACCCCAAAGGAAGCUUCACACUGAACAAUUCUUCAAACCAGAUGUCUGAUUAACCAUAUGCUCAGAUGUGAAUCAAAUGCCCCCAGGAUGCCCUAAAUGCAUAUACAUUCAAGCACCACUGAAUAGCUUCAGCAGGUUGUAUUUAUACAUGUGGUGGAACAAUUAAAGAAGUCCUGAAUAUGGGAGUGAGUGAGGAAGGCAUAAGAGGAGUCAGGUGAGGAGGGUGGGGGAUCUAAAUAGAAUACUAAAUAGUUGAAUAGAAUAGGAAUACCUGAAUGUACAGUUCAGUAAGUUCUAAAACACGCAUGUACCCAUAAUGCCAUCUGCAUAGUUAAGACACAGAACAUAACCACCACACCUGCAAAUUUUCUCUGGAAACUUUGUAACAUCCCUUUUUUAUUUAAAGAAUUUUUAAAAAUUAAAAUAUGGUUUCAUCAUUUCCCCUUCCUUCUGCCCCCCACUACUGCUCCUAUGUCCACCAGAGCCCCCUUCCCUCAUCUCUAACCAUAGUUGCUACAUAUACAUAUAAACGGGCCUAAUAGAAAUACAGUCUGCUGAGUCCAUCAGGGACCCCUGCAUGUGUUUCUAGGCCUGACCACUCGGUGUUAGAUAACCAGUCAGGGACUAUCCCGGGAUAACUGAUUCUCCCUUUCUCAGCAGUUGUAAUUGGUUGUAGCUCUCCAUCUAAGGGUGUGGCCUCAUGAUAUUUUCUCUUUCUACAUUGGGCUGUCAACUCCUGUUGGAAUUUUUAGGUCUUGUUAAGGUAUCCAAAUUGUUGAGAUUUCAUUGUUUAGCUUGCCUGUCAUAGCUAGAAGACACAAUCUCACAGCAGACUUCGUGGUCCUCUGGCUCUUACAGAGGACCCUACUUCUGGGAUGUAUCCUGAGCUUUGUAACCUUGUUAUCCAUCUACUCCAUGUUCAGUUCUAGCCACUUACACCCACUCUCAGGCAACUACUGAUUUGUUUCAUAAUUAAUUUGUUAUGGAAUAAUGUAUCCAUUUCUGUAUUAUUCCUAUCAUUCACUGAAAAUAUUUUUAGAUUUACAUUAUACUUUAUGUAUUACAUUAUAAUAUAUACAUUGCAUUAUACUAUAUAUCAAUAGUUUCUUUUGUUUCUACUUAAUACAUCAUUAUAUAGACAUAAUAUAAUUUGUUUAUCCAUUCAUAAUCUUAUGUAUAUUUGCAAUAUUGUCAAGGUUUGGUCACUAUAAAUAAAGUUUAAGAACACUCAUUUUCACAUAUUUUUUACUAAUGCUUUCAUUUUCUUGACUAGCUACAUAGGAUCUUGGUUAUAUGGGAGGUGCAGGUAUAAUAUUUAAGAAACAGCCAAGCUUCUUAUGGUGGCAUGUACAUUUAAUUCUAGCACUCAGUAGGGGAGGCAAAGGUAGGAGGAUCUCUGUGAGUCUAAGUCCAACCUGUUCUCCAUAGUAAGUUCCAGGCCAGUAGGAGCUACACAGCGAGACACUAUAUCAGAGAGAGAGAGAGAGAGAGAGAGAGAGAGAGAGAGAGAGAGAGAGAGAGAGAGAGAGAGAGAGAGAGAAAACUUACAAACUAUUUGCUCAAGUAGUUUGUAUUAUUUAACAUUCUCAACAAAGAUAUAGUUGCUGUACAUGCUCACCAAAAUGUGGUUGACCAUCAAUGUUCUUUUAUAUAAAGUGUCAUAUGUCAGAAUGGUUUUAGCUUGCAUUUCUCUCUAAAAAAAUUAGUCAUAAUUCAGCAUUUUUUGUAUGGAAUCAUUUGCUAUUCAUAAAUGGUCCUCAAUGAAAUAUCUUUUAAAAAUUUUCACUCAUACAUAUUUAUAUUAUUUUAUUGAGAAAUACAAUGAGAACAAAUUAUCAAAUAUGUGGAUUAUAGACAACUUUUAUUUAUAAUUCAUAUCUGAGAUUUUCCUUCUCAUAACAACAUUUUAAAAAUUAAAGUUUUUCAAUUUUAAUGAAGUACCAUGUAUUAUUUUGUUGAUGCAUAAUGUGUUUGCUAUCAUAUCUAGGAACUCUUCAUUCAACCCAAGGUUUUAAGAACUAGCUAUGGGUCUUUCAGAAGUGUUAAUAGUGUUCAAUUGUGAAUUUGGGGAUAGGAUCCAUUUUGAGUUGUUUAUAUUGGAAAUACUAUCCUUUGUAUCUAUGAUUGCAUUAGCGUCUGUGGUGAAAGCCAGUUGAUCAUGGAUAUCAUGAUCAUAUUUUGGGAUGAUUGUAUUUCAUUGAUCAGCCUGUCUGUCUUGAUGCCAAUACUACCACAUGAUCUUCAUUAUUAUACUUAAUACUGAACUUUGAGCACCGUCAAGUCUUACAACGUUACGCUUAUUUUUCAAAAUUGUUCUGCUUAAACUUAAGUCUCUUGAAUGGCUCUAAAUUUCAGAUUUAGUUUGUCUACAUGUAUAAAAGUUUGUUAGGAUAUUUAUUAGGAUUGCAUUGCUAUUAACAUAAGCCUAGAGUGAACAGACAUAUGCACCUUUCAAUCUAUGAGCAAAGCAUGUUUCUCCAUUUUUAAGUUUUUUUUUAAUCUUCACAUUGUAUUUUAGUUUUCAAUAUACAGUUAUCCCACAAUUACUGUUAUAUUU